AACAUAUUACCGGAAGCGUGGAAUUAUGGCGCUUCACGUCGCUGUAACCUCGGCAGAGACACUCCAUACACACUGCUGUACCGAAGACUAACUGUUAAAAAGUUAUGUGACACAACAUGGACUGGUUCGACACCUCCCCGUUCUGAGGCCGGAACGAAACAUUUUCGAUAGGAGAGGGAGGAAACCUGGAAUAACUGUACUCAGUUCCACAAGCACCAUGAAGCUGAAUCCACAACAGGCUCCUCUCUAUGGACAGUGUGUGUUGACUGUUCAGCUCAACAACGAUGAUGUGUCUCGUGCUGAGGGAGAAGAGCCUGAGAGGGAGGAGGUGGAGGUGGAGGAGGAGGAGGUGGAAUUUUAUUGCCUAUUCUCUGGAUCUACACAGAGACAUGUCACCAGCACAGUGCGUGUCAGCCGUGUCACUCUUCAGGCUGUGUGUCCAGCCCAUCACGUUUGUGAGCAGGUCCUGGUGACCUUAUGUUGGGCUCGCCCGGGUGCACCAGUAGACUCUCACUCACAGGAGACUUUCACCUUUGUUCAGGAUUUGGCUCUUGACAUGGCCCACUUCCUGCUUGACAGCACAGAUCCUCAGGAAGCGUUGUUAUUGGACGACGAGCAGAUUCCGCUGAAAGUGUGUAAAAGGUUGGACCAAAGCCUGGCUCUGGCCCUUGAACACCUCAGCCUGCCUUAUCACACACGUGUGCAAACGUGCACACAAAGGGAUGUGGGAAUCCAUAUGAAUCAUCACACACAAACAGAUGCACAAACACACAGUGACAUCAACGGUUGUCCUUCAGCGACGUGCACAGAUCCAUACUUGGAGAUGUCCACUUGGAUGGACAGACGCUAUGCUGUGUGUCAAAGCCAGAAUCUCUACAAUCUUCUUCACUUGGCUGCCAGUCAUGGUCUAUGGAUGGUGGCCUCAUUCGUCCUGCAGCAGGAUGGUAGCAGAGAGGCUUUAAGAAGGGCUGACGCUCAGGGACAAACAGCAGCGGAUGUGGCCAAGAGCAGAGGACACAAGAAGCUUGGAAAGCUCUUCACCCGACAUGAAGCCUCUGAAGAAACAGGGGUGAAGCCAAAGAAGGAGCUGCUUCUUCUCCCAGGUGAAAAAGUCUUUCAGCAUCAUGCAGACCUUGGUACCUACACUCUCACAUUCCUCAGCCGACAGCAGCAGGAAGGAGAAGCGGAGGCCAAUAGAAAGAAGAGCUGUCCCUUACUGGAAGAUGUGGAGGAGCUGAGGAGACUGAUGAAGAGUCACAGAGGAACAAAGGGAAAGUCCGGCUCUGAUGCUAAUAGAGAGGUCAGGUCUGCCUGCAGGCUGCAGCUCAGCCACAACCGUCAGGGGUGCAGACAGAGUGCAGGCUUGUCUUUGGUAACCACCACCACAACAGAUGAACAGGGAAGUCCUCUGUCAUUGGAGAACAGAGUACAAAGGGAGGACCCUGCUGUUGUCGCUCAGACUUCCUGUACCAGUGGAAGGUUUUCUCAGGGACAGGAAACACAGGGUGGCCCGAGUGAUACACAAGCCGUCAGCCGUCUUACUGCACAGAAAAGGAAAAACAAAAAGAGGAAUAUAAGAACCACCAGACGCCCACCAGAAUCUACUGUCAGUGUGAGGUCCCUAAAGGCUGAGAUUGGAACUGCAGGGGGGGAAACAAAGACACCAGGAAGUGGAGCCGAGAGAGAAGGAGCUGGUUCAUGGACAGAACCAGCAGAGGCAUGUGCUACGAUGGUUGACUGUGAAAAAAACAAAACUCAACGGCAACGUCUUUGCACCAAAAAUAUUCCAUGUGAUGAAGUUGAGAAAUCAGUGGACAGGCAGAGAGUGGCCUCGCAUUCUAUCUCAAUCUUAGCAAAACAGGAAACAGCGGAGUGGCAAAGCGAGGUGCUGAUUGGUGAGCGACAAACAGAAACAGUGAGAGGAAGUUCCUCAGCAGCACAAGACUACUCUGCCCAACCUGUGGAUUCAGCUGCACAAAAGACAGCUAUGGGUCACGAACAAUCACAGCAGUCCCACGCAGACCCUGCCCUCUGCAAGAACACCAGCCUCAUCCAAAAUCACCACCUAACUGAAAGACAAGUUAAUAAUAUUUGCCACCAUAGCAAAGACCUGGACCAGGGGGCAGGUGAAGAAUCCAAGAGCGUUUGGUACGACUGUGACAGAACAGAUGUGAAAAAAUGUGAUCUUCAUGCACAUCCAGCUUCCCCCCUGCUUCCUCCACAGUUAGAACAUGGUUAUAGUUCUUGUCAGCUGUGUACAACACCGAGUCAGCCACAUGCUGCUGGAGCACAGCCAGCACCAUCACAUGGGCCUGCUGCACAAAGACGGGAAGUCCACGCACCACAGCCAGAGAAGGAAGUAGGCCCAGAUUGGAAAGACGGAGGAGUGGAGGAAAGCCGAGCGAAGUUGUCUAACAAAGGGAGCACUUACAGCAGAAAAAGCAGCGCAGCUUCAGACACUGAACGAGGAGGAGAGCAGCAGACGGAGGCAGAGAAAGUGGCUAAAAGCAGGAAAAAAAGGAGGCAGAAAAAGGGUCGAAAAGGAGGCGCUAAACCGAGGCUUUGCCCGAGCUCCAGUGUUGAGUUGAAACGUCAGAGCGAGACACAGACAGAACAAGUUACAAGCUGUUGCUUCCUGUUAGAGUCAAAAGCCAAGGACCUUGGACACAGGGCAUAUGUUCAGUCUGUCGCACAACCUGAGCCAGCCAGCAAAGAGGACAUGGUCAAGGAGUUAACGCAGCUUCCCAGGCAGACGGAGGACACCGGAGACUCUCCAGAACACAACGGUGACUCUCCGGCCUUUGAACUCACUUGUGCUUGUACUACAGAUCAGGAAAAAACUGACCCUGCUGAGGUCGCUCCGUCACAGACAUUAGAGGGAAAUGAUUCGGCAGCGGACAAAACAAUCCAACAUGAUCUUUCCUUUCAUCACGGUGUUAGUGACACCUCAGGCCUGGAUGAAUUGGACACUGCGCUGAUCAAUGGAGAGGAUUCAUCGACGAUGCAAGUAAUCAGAAAUGAAGCUUUUGAUGCAACAGAGUUAGAAUCAAAGAUGGCUGUCAGUCCAGUCCAGCAAACGUUGGUUAAUGAAGAAAGUGUGGAGCGACCAAACAUUGGAAAAGCGUUGUUUGAGCAGACAGAACUGUUGGAUCUCGAGAAUCUAAAGGACUUUUCUCUGGACGCCCAGGACACACAGCCCUCGUGUCUCAUGCUAUUUCCUGAGGAGAAUACACAGCUAAAACUUUUUGACGCAAACAUACCAAAACAAACGUCUGUGGAAUCAGAAACCUCAACUCUGUCGUGUGAACUGGCAGAAGAUGUUUUGCACCUUCAAAUGGAAAAUGAAAGAACAGGGUCCCCUGAGGUGGGGUAUUUACUCCAUUGUUUGGCCUGUGACGUGGACACGGAUCAGCAGCAGGAGGUAGAAAAGCGGCGUGAGCUGUUUUUGGGUGGGGAGGAAGAGGGUGAGGAUACGAUUUGCAAUAGACGAAAGGAAAAUAAUUCUGAAAAAUUCCAGUCUUCCUCUGCAGUGAGCAGAAGUAUAUUGGAGGAUGAGACUUCUUCAAAUUUAGAUUUAGAAAAAAGUAUAAGCUAUGAUGCAAAUCUGGUUGCAACCGCAGUCGCAGUAGUAAGUGUAGCAAUAGCAUCAGCCAUCGUAUGCAUGGAGCGGGCCCAGGAGUCUGCAAGCAGGAAAGAGUCUGCGUCAGCACUAGGUGUUGGUACUCCACAACCCAGUGACUCAUGUAUGUUACCGACAACCGAAGAAACGCGUGACAUACUGUCAGAGGACUUCCACUUUGUAAAUGAAACUGAUUUGACCGAAGAGCUGCAAGCCACUGAGCAUUAUCAGACAGGAAGUCAGACAGAAGCUAGCAAUUUAACACCAUCAGAGCCGUCUUCUUUACCAAAGAGGCUUGAAGAAAGCCCAGUGUCAGGUGCACACGACCUGGUCGUCGUAUGUUCACCGCUGAAAGAAGACAUUAGUGAAGUUGACGUAGAACCUGCACCGGAGGCAGAUGAAACCACAGCAGCUGACGUGAGCGGUCAGCGUCACAUUCAGACACAAGGCCAAGCAUCCUGUCCUGUUACUGACACAGGACAAGCUCCAGAAGACGUCCUCAAAGAAAGGUUGAUGAAUGUGGAAGAGAGUAAAGGACAGUUGUUAGGUUCACUGCUUGAAGAGAAGGAUUUGAAGGAAAGAGCAGGAAGUCUUUUGGAAAAAUCCCCAGAUUGUGGGGAUAAGGAAGGAGGGUACAAACUUGACUGUUGUGAAAAGACGGAGGAACGAUCUGAGACCUGCCGUCAAACUACCUUUAGUGCGUGUCACUCAGACUGUCAGCCUGAGCUUCAUGACAGACAUUCACCUCUGCCUGAAACUCCAGGUGAGGGGGAGCGCCGCCCUUCGCCACUUCCUGUCGCACCUUGUGACACAGCUUCUGUGGUUGACCCUGGUCCAGACCUGCCUGUACUGACCGUGCCAACAAGUGUGGACUCAAGCACCUUUGAGACGCCGCUGUCAAAAGUGGACAUGGUCCACGGGGAAGCUCAUGGUUCAGUGGUUAUUGGCGAAGACAACCUAGCGGGUGUUAUUUCGGAUAAAGACUCUGUGGAUACGUUGGAUGGUUGGGCAGGAAGGAAAGUGGAGAAGGAGGUGGUCGCAGUGGACGGCGUCUCGGACACAGAGACAGAACUGUUUCCAGCAGCACAGGAAGAGUUCCACCAGAGCUGCAGGGACACAGGCAGCCCACACACUCUGCAGUCCGUCUCUUCCUCCUGUGUCGGACACUCAGACGGUGAGGUCUCCAUGGUGGUCUCCACCGGUGCCAGUGAGGAGAUUUGGUCUUUGGAUGCAGUCACCAACACGGCCACUGAUCCUGCGCGACUGUCCUGGCACUCAGAAACUGAGGAACAAGAGAUGGGAGAAUGUGACGGAGAAGAAGAAGAAGGAAGAGACCAGCUGCCGGACAACCCUGUCCACUCUGCCAUCUUGAGAGCAUCUGCUCAGUCCAUGUCUGUGGCUCGUCGUCACAGCUGGCAGGCGAGCCUGAACGCUGCAGCUGAUGAUGACAUCACACAGUGCAGCUCUGGCAACGACCUGUCUGAGGAGUUGAAACAAACUCACGCCCCUCUUCCACAACACAGUAUUUCAGAGGAGGAUCCGGGCACUCUGCACAACGACAGUGAGGAGAAAGGUGGACCAAAAAUCAGACGGACAUUCAGUUACUUCCGUAGUAAAAUGAGCAAGAAGGGGAAGGAUAAAAAGAAGGAAAGAAGAGGUGAAAAAGAGCAGGAGAGGAAAGAAAAAGAUAAAAAGAAUCCAGCUGCUCCUUCCUCCGUUCCAGAUGCUACGUGUCUGUCCAUAACCUGUCAGCACUGCACCAAACCUCUGCACAACAAGGACACGUUCCACUGCAACAGUUGUGGGCUUAACAUCCAUAAAAGCUGCAGAGAGAGUUCUUCCCUCUGUCCAAAAAGCAAAGCUAAAGUGCCGUCACAAGUGCCUGAUGUUGCUGCGGCCUCCUCCGUCAGCACGAGGAGUAAAUCUACGUCUUCAGUAGCAUCUCCAUCAGCCUCCUCCACCUCCUCCUCCUCCUCCUCGUGGGAUCACUGGAGCACAGUGACCAGCUGUGACGAUCAGACUCCUGUGAUGUUGCUACGACGACAACCCAGCUUCUUCAACACACACAGUAACCUGUCCAAGAGCAUCUCCACCAGCAACAUUGCAGGAUUAGAUGAUGUUACAAUUAUAGGUCUGAAGUUUCUCUCCCAGUCCACCGACUCUCUUCAUCGAGGGAAUAAAGUCAACGCCUCAGUCGAGUCUCUGCCCGAUGAAGAUAGUGAAAUCUCAGACAACCAACUGAUGGAGGAGUUUGAGUGUGACUUUAAGGAUUUGGAAGCCGAAUCUUGGAGCAGCACAGUGGAUAAGAAGUUUUUGAAAACACUGAAGAAAGAUGACAUCAAACGACAGGAUGUCAUUUAUGAGCUUUACCAGACGGAGUUCCACCAUGUGAGGACGCUGAAAAUCAUGUCUGAGGUUUACUAUAACGGCCUGCUGAGGGAGGUACAGCUGGAGACUGACACGCUAGAAAAGAUUUUUCCUGUCUUGGACGACUUGCUGUCCAUACACACAGAGUUUCUCAUCCAUCUCCUGGAGGCGAAAAGAGCUUCAUCAGGUCAAGGGCAAAACAACAACAUUUAUUUAAUCCGCAGCAUCGGGGACAUCCUGGUUAAGCAGUUUUCAGACUGCAGCGCUGAGCGCAUGAAGAAAUCCUACGGAAAGUUCUGCAGCCGUCAUCACGACGCAGUUAAUCUUUACAAAGACUUCCAUGCUAAAGAUAAGCGCUUCCAGGCUUUCAUAAAGAAAACAAUGAGCAGCAGCAUCGUGCGGAGGCUCAGUAUUCCAGAGUGUAUAUUGUUGGUCACGCAGAGAAUCACCAAAUAUCCCGUGCUCAUACAGAGGAUACUUCAGCACACCAAAGACUCGGACACAGAUUUCAAAGGUGUCUGUGAGUCACUGCGCUGCGUCAAGGAGCUGAUUACAGCCGUGGACAGUAAGGUCAACGAUCAGGAGAAGAAACGCAGACUGAGGGAGAUCUACACUCGCACUGACAGCAAGUCCAUCAUGAGAAUGAAGAGUGGCCAGAUGUUUGCCAAAGAGGACCUGCUCAGGGGGAGGAAGCUGCUGCACGACGGAGCGGUGCAGCUGAAAAACUCUGCCGGACGACUCAAAGAUGUCCAUGCCAUGCUCCUCUCCGAUGUGUUGGUCUUUCUUCAAGAAAAGGAUCAGAAAUAUGUGUUUGCGUCUUUGGACCAGCGCUCCACCGUCAUCUCUCUACAGAACCUGAUCGUUAGAGAGGUGGCUAAUGAAGAACGAGGUCUCUUUGUCAUCACAGCUGGUACAGACAAACCAGAGAUGGUGGAGGUGUUGGCCAGCAGCAAAGAAGAACGCAACGUAUGGAUGGCCAUCUUACAGGAUGCCAUGCACUGCAUGGACAAAGACGAAGAUGACGGACCCCCCAGUGAGACAGAGGAGGACAGGAGGCAGCAAGAGAGCAGAGCAAAGGAGAUCCGAGAGCUCCUGAGAAAAAAGGACGAACAGAUCAUCUCAUUACUGGAGGAGAAGGUGGUGAUUUUCAGAGAGCUUGCCAGCUGCAGUGUGGCUGCAGAGGAUCCGAGCACGUCUGUUCGGGAGCGCAUGUUAUUCAGGGCCACAGCUGAGAAUGUCACAAAGGGGGAACCAAUCAUAAAGGAUGCCCUGAAGGAAUUGGAGCGCCUUCAUGCUUUAGUUGGCACUGGUGCUGAAGUGGACUGCAGUAAUCCAUUUGGUCUGACAGGGGGCGACAUGGGACCAGUGUGUCUGCCCAGGAGAGCCGAGACAUUCGGAGGCUUCGACAGUCAUCAGAUGAGCGGCAGCAAGAAUGGAGAGAAAGAAGACGGGGAGGAGCAGUUGGACCUCCGCAGGACUGAGUCAGACAGUGUGCUGAAGAAGGGAGCUACUGCAAAUCUACAGGUGUUGCUGAAGAGGACGAAUGGGCAGGUCCAACACAGUGUGACUCAUCUGUACCAGCUGCUCAUCUCACUGCAGGCUGUUGUGGUCCAGCAGGACGUGUGUGUAGAAAACCAGCGGCAGGCGCUGGACGACUGGCAAGCCACCAUUUCUUCCACCGUCUCAUCCACAUCCUCGCUCCUCUCCUCGUCUUCCUCCCGUUCAUCCACACUCACUGAGCAAGGGAAACACAAGAGCUUGGAGAUGCAGCGGCAGGAAGCUGCCAGCCUGCAGAAACAACAGGCCUCGUAUCAGGACGAAAAGAAGAAGAAAGAAAAGGAAUGGGAGUUGAAGGAAAAAUGUCUGACGGAGCGGGCGAAGAGGCUGAAGGAGGAGGAGGAGGAGACUAGGAGGAAGCACCUGGAGCUGCAAGAGGACAGAGAGACACUGCGGAGGAGGAAAGAGGAGUACGAGAGAGAACUGGCGUGGCUGAAGGAGGCCCAGAAAAAGUUGGAGAGAGACGAGGAGGCCCUGAGGCGGGACGCAGAGAGACUGGAAACCAUGAAAAGAGACAAGAUGGAGAGGUGUCCCAGGUUCCAAAGAACUUCCUCCAUCAAUUCCGAGGACUCUGUUAGGUACCACAGCUCUGGGUCUCUGGACCUGGAUCUGAAGGACACCGCCGAUGUGCCGAAGGAGGUGGAGCUGUCGUCCUCCGCUCCGACCAAAGAGCCGUUCCUUCGCAUUGGAUCAAAAAGGAUGGGCAAAAACCUCAACCCAUUCUCUUCCUCCUCAUCUAAGACACAGGGAGCAGAGAAGUCCCGGGAUUCCCAGCUGUCUACCAAACUGCUGCAACUGACCAAGUCCAAAGAAAAGAAGGACAAGAAGAAGAAAGAGAACAAAGCCACAGUCAUGUCUGAUCCUCAGAAUGAUGAAGACAUCUUCUUCUGCUGAUCACCUGGGCAGCACGUAAUGUAUGACCUUUAACCUCCUUGGGAAGACAGACUAGCACUAGUGCAGAAAGUGAGAACUGGCCCCUCAUACCAGACAGACUGGAAUGUGUCUGCAGUGUCACCGACGAGAAGCCAGUUGGAUUCCCAGGAUAUCAGUGUCACCAAAGACUUCUCUUCUCUGAGGCAUCAUGUACAAUCCAUCAAUUCAUUCUUUUUAAUAUUUAGCCCCGAGUCACCGUGUUCAUUACUCUGUGGCACUUUACGCUGCAUGGGUUUGACAGAGAACAACUCUGGACACUUAGUGACACCGAGCAAAAAAGAGAAAAAGAGUGAAUCUGUGAAAACACGGCAAAAUGAAUGGUCUGUAAAUCUGGGAAACAUUCGUGAGCAGAUACUCAGAGCUGAGUGCGAUCAGUAUACACGUUAUAAAUAUAUGUGAACUUUAUACCAUGUGUGAAUAUGAGUGUGUGUGUGAGAGAGUUUCUGAAUAGAAAGGGAGAUAGUCAGGGAGUUCCUUAAUGCUCGCUAAUGCUGUUUGUUCCGUGUGGUAAGCAGUUUUUGGUUCUGCAGAACAGGAGACGUUCACACAGUCAUUAUAUUCCUUUCAAGGCCAUCUUUUUUUUUUUUUUUUUUUUUUAAUCGCUCUCUGGAUCCAGAGAACAGCAGCAUCAGCACAGAUGCCUUCUCCAGCCAUUUUCAACUGCCUGCGGUGAUGGAGGGAGUUCUGUCCUCCCCUCGUGGGGUGAGGUCUGUCAGUGGGGUGAAUUUUUGCACCUGGGUGUGAAAGGUCGAGGUUCUUGGGAGACAAAGGUCACAAGAAUGUGCCAUUGACACAUGCUCCAGUAGAAAAGGAGAGUGAUCUCCUUGUCAUUGUGACACAGCACACCACUGCACACAACCAAAUGUGACCUCUGCUCUUACCCACCACCAAAGUCAGCAGGGGGCAGCAUAAGCACCCGGGGAGUCUGCUUCCUUAAUCACCAAGCCACCACCGCCCCACAGAAGAAGAAGGUGGAGUUUUUCAGCUGGUGCUUCUCCACGUACUGUGUUUCUAACUGGACAUACAGCAGCUACCUUUGUGGCACGUUGAGGUUACAGCAUUAGACCAGAAAAAAGUACCACGUGCUACAAAGGUCCCAGGUGACACAGUACGUGCCGUACUCGGAGUUAACCUCUGCCGAUGUCAACUGCUGUUUAUCGUGUUAUUGUUAGAAAAGCUGUUUGGUUUUUUUGUUGCCUUUGCACAGUGUUAAUGUCACUGUAGGCUGUUGACGAUACUGUAUAUUUUCACAUUGUGCCCAACAUAACAACAGAAAAUAUAUCAGUUGUUAAAAGUAGAUUUUCCACAGUAAAAAAAACCCUAGGUCUUUGGAGAUGAUAGAGUUUGGAUGAGGGAGAUGGAAACAGUGGAACACUUAAUUAAUUAAUUAAUUGAGCUGGAGAGAAGAGGAACGAUGACAGGAACUAUAGAUGGAAAGAUGAGCAGGAAAUAGAGGGUGGAGGUGGAGGAUCCGUUGGAUUCUUUACAGAGAUAUGACUAAAUAAAAGGCUUUCGCUGCAAGUGAGACGAUGAAGAUGGAAUGACCAGAAGGUGUCGGUAAUGCAACAAUAAGUGCCAACUGUUCCAGGAGGACCCAGAAAGGAAGAAGCCAGGAACAAAGCUGGAUGAUUGUCAAGGAGCUGGCUGUCAACGCUGCCUCUGUGAGCAGCCGAUGUUCCUUUAAAGUCUGCACGAAUCCACGGUGCGGUGUUAGAGACCCGUGCCCGUGGAGCAGAUACGUGGUCUCAUGAUGUGUGUUUUAGGCAAACGGCGAGCAUUGUCUUUUUAAAAAAAAAAAGAAAAGGUUUUUAAACAGAGUUGUACUGAUGUUCACUAAAUAAUGUGCUGAAAUAACAUAAUAUGAGGAGAAAGCCUCACUUUUAAAGAAAUUACCACAAAAAAAAUGCAAAUUCGUCUAAACCUCCAAGAGACUGAGUCACUUGUGAUAUCGAUACCCUCUUCUUCUGAAUAAUUCCCCUCGCAUCCAUGCCCAGAAAUAAUUCAUAGCUUUGGAUUUACACCACAUUGAUUUUCUCCUCCUGUUCUCUGCACAAAAAAGGAAAAAAAGAAAGAAAGAAAAGACAUACACGCUGUAUCUGAGGAACAAUACUCCAACCCACUGUGUCAUUUCCUGCAUUGAUCUGCUGAUUGGAGCACAUCUGUGUUGAAAGUGAAAGCACAGCAGUCUUGUUAAUCCACACCAGGGUUCUGUUCCUCACUGCCUUCCACCGUUGAAAAGGCCACAAACUGGGACUGAUGGAGAAUAUCUCUCUGCAGGUCCACAUGCCCACGUAUGAACAGCUAGAGUGCAACAGGAUUUGAAGGUCCCAAAAAUCUCAUUUUCUCCAAGCCUGUUAUAUCUUUUGCCAGCUCACUGAGUCCAUACAAAGCACAAAAAAGUUUUGUCAAAUUAUAAUGUCCUCACGGAGUCACUGAGCACAGAGUAGAAGGCCACAAACCCCAUUUCCAGGGAAGCUGGUACGCUAAAACAAAAAAAGCAUAACCGUGUAAAACUGUACUUUGUUAAUGCACCUGAACCUUCUUUUAUCAGGUAGUGGUACAAACAUAUAUUUAGUAUUUAUAAUCUUGAAACCCAAACUGUUGCUAAGCAACCUGCGAAUUAAGAACCCCUCAGAUAUGUCACUUAUGAAGUCAUAUUUUGCCGUGUGUUGCAGGAACUGAUUUAAUUCCUAAUUCUCUGACUUUUUGUUUGUCAAAUUAAGACUUCAUUGAAUUGGCACGCUAAAGAUUUGUACUUUUAUUUGAACUGGGACGAUCUUGUCUGGAAAAAUAUUUUUAAAAAUUAACCACACAACUCAGUCAUCAGAAGUGACAGAUUAAAGGUGGUAUGUAAAUGUAACUAUGUGGACGCCUUAAGUAUUUAAAGUGAGUCGUUGGAUUCUUGGUUUCAAAAUGACUGGAAUUACAUGUAGGUAGGUGAUAAAAGUCCGUGUAUUAACGUCAGCAGUUUACAAACUAGGGGUCAGAGUCCUCCACAUGACCUCAGCUUUCAAAGUGCAUUAAGAAACAUCUCUGCCAGGGGUUCAUUUUCUUGUUUUUCAAAUCAGGAAAAUACAUGAUUGUUACGGGACUUAACUGCUCCCCUGAAGCAAAGUCAAGGGGGGAAACAAGCUUUAAAAACUAUUUUAGAAAAAAUACAAAAGCAUUAAUUGAUGUUUGAUGAGUUGUUUGUGUAAAAGUGGUAUACAAAAAUAUAUAUUUUGAGUUUUGCUACCAUGUGCUUGAAUAUGCGUCUCUCCUGUGUAUAUUUUGUCAUCAGUGUGCACUUUUUAUUAAACAAAGCUUUACAACGUUCAUGUGGGAUUUUAGAGUGCCACACUUGCCCUUGGGUUGUUUGCACUGUGUGCCAAAGCAUUUUUUUAAAUGUUUUUUGAACAAAUAAAUAAAUGAAUAAAAAAGCAUAAAAAACAGAAGGUACAAAUAUUUUAUCAUGUGAUGUUAGAAAAAGGGUUAAGCACCACGUGUACAUAUUUUUAUGUAAAAAUUUGGCUUUUUAAAGUUUUGAUAACUUGAUUUUAUUAAGUUGGACAAGUGAGGGUUGUUUUUUCUUUUUUUUUCUUUUUUAAAGAUAAUCUUGUAUUUAUCUCUCCCUUGUUGGGAAUGUACAGUAAUUAUCUCUCUUCAAUAAAUAAGUAUGCACUUUC